AAAAAAAAAAAAGAACAAUCCGGUAUCCGGAUAAGACGGAGAAGGCAACGGCACACUCUACCAGCCUGCUACUAGCGUCGUUUUUGGCGGAGAGAGCAUCGCACUGCGCCGCUAUCCGCUCCAUGGCCUCUCUCACUAUCAGUACUAGUUGCGGUCUGCUGCUCCUCCGCCCCAAACUCAACCGCCCUUCCUCUCCUCCCCUCUCCUCCGCCACCAAAUGCCGCCGGCGGUGCUCUUCGCCUCGCGGCGCCUUCGACCUCACACUCGCUCCGGGAAAGGAGGAGAAGACUGCUACACCUUCGUGCUCGAUUUCGUGGUCUCUUUCGGCGGUCGAGGGCAGCCUGGGCCAAGGCGCCGCCGCCGCCGCCGCUCUGCUCGCGGCCUCUCUCUUCUUGGCCGACCCUGCAUUGGCAUUCAAGGGUGGAGGGCCAUACGGAGCUGAAGUGACACGUGGGCAGGAUCUCACCGGGAAAGAUUUUAGUGGCAAGACUCUCAUCAAGCAAGACUUCAAAACGUCUAUUUUAAGGCAGGCCAAUUUCAAGGGAGCGAAGUUAGUCGGGGCGAGCUUCUUUGAUGCAGACUUGACAGGUGCUGAUCUCUCUGAUGCUGAUCUUAGAGGUGCAGAUUUUUCCUUAGCAAAUGUGACAAAGGCUAAUCUGCAAAAUGCAAAUCUGGAAGGUGCACUAACUACAGGCAACACAUCUUUCAAGGGUUCAAACAUAUAUGGGGCAGACUUUACUGAUGUUCCACUAAGAGAGGACCAACGGGAAUAUCUUUGCAGAGUAGCAGACGGGGUGAACCCGACUACUGGAAAUGCAACGAGGGACACUUUGCUUUGCAGUUGACACAGGAAGAUUCAGCGAGAAAAGAACCAUGAAUGUCUUGGCGACUAAAGAGUCAACAGAAUUUUGUAUUUAUGUAACAUUGCGGAGCAAAUUGUUGAACGCGCAUUAUUGAAAAUAUCUAUAUGUUUUGAAGAACA